GAGGUGUAUGUCCGAUCAGUCAGAUGUUACAACAUACGUAGUCAGGUUAUACAUUCAGUGUAUAAUCCUUGACCGUACAAAUGAUUGGAUGAAGCUGCACGUGUGUGGAUAAGCGAACAUCAGGUGAUACACUGCUACACACCCAGUGCUUAAACAAACCUUAAACAAUAAGGUCAUGUCACCGGUUGUUGACUUAUUACCUUGUCAUGUAUCUAUAAAAGAAGAAAAGCUGUCAAGCACAUUGUAGUCUCUCUAUUAUUGAUCAGGAAACCAAACAGUAUACGAUGAGGACACAAGAAUUAGCAGCUGUCACAAGCCUGUUGGUUUGUCUGUUCGUCUGUCCGGUAUGGUCAAGCCUUGCAGAGGGCGAUGUCAGUGGCGAUCACCUAGAGCACUGGAACCUUUACCCUUUGCCAGGGAAGAUCACUGUGGACCCCAGUCCUGUUCAAGCUCUUCACUUAGCCUUGUAUGGAGGCAGCACCAUUCGCCUGACCUGGCUUAACCCUGUCCAGUUUCAGGCAGGUAACUUUACCUUCAAACCCAGCUGUAGAUAUGGUACCUCAGCCACGAGCCUGGUUCAUUAUACCCCAGGUUUUUCUUACUCCUAUGAAGCUGGGAUGUUCCGUUGGACCCUGAACACGGCUGUGCUUGACUUGAACUUGUUACCCAGCCUGUACAGCACAGUGUAUUAUAUGUGUGGCGACCCUGGGUAUGGCUGGAGCAUUGUCUAUCACUUCACACACCAGCCCCCUACGGUGGUCAACUCUCAGCUCUCCGAGGUACUGGCAGACAGACUUCACACCACUCAUGACACUCUCCAACGCCAGGGACAGAACCAUGGUGUUGUUCUGAUGAAUCAGGGAUCAGAGGGUGUAUCCGUCAUGGCCAGUCAACCCAAAAUGAUUGUGUUGAUAGCAGAUAUGGGAGUGACCCACUCAGAAGACACCAUGGAAGGUAUACAGCACUAUGUGGCCAGCAACACAGCACAGGUGAUUUUCCACGCAGGAGACAUCAGCUAUGCGGACAACUUCAGCAAAAAGAAGCACAAUAACUCGUACAUUUGGGUGGAGUACAUGAAUGAGCUGCGCUACAUCAGUCCCUGGCUUCCCUACAUGACCUGCCCGGGUAACCAUGAAGCUCAGUUUGACUUCGCCGCCUACCUCAACUGGUUGCCCAUGCCUGGGCGGCAAAACGCCACCUCUAACUUUUACUACUCAUUCGACUAUAUGGGCGUCCACUUCUUGUCCUUCUCUACAGAACACCCGUUUGACCAGCAGAGUGACCAGUUCCGCUUUAUUGAGCAAGAUCUUAUUGCGGCCAACAAGAACCGAGCAAAGGUUCCCUGGGUGAUGGUAUUUGGGCACCGUCCUCUCUACUGCACAUCAGUCAUUGCUCACGAACGCUGCACGAAAGAAGCAGUCUUGUACCGCUCUUACCUGGAGGAUUUGUUCUACCAACAAAAAGUUGACGUUUACCUGUGCGGUCAUAACCAUAACUAUGAGCGGACAUACCCUGUGUACAGAGAAAACGCCACUGAGAAAGACUUCCAUAAUCCUCAGGCACCUAUCUACAUAGUGGACGGAGCUGCAGGUAACCCCGAACCCAAUGACCCCAGCUAUAAACAUGAUGUGGACUGGAGAGCGUACGUGUAUGCUAGUAUAGACAACGGUUUUCUGCUGGCUGAACCCACUCAGAAUGCGCUGCGCUUCCAGUAUGUGCGCAGUAAGGAUCGCAAAGUCAUUGAUACAUUCACCAUUACCCGUAGCUGACGCGAAUUCAAACAGUAGGGCACUGUAAUCACGGUAAUCAUGGUAUUAUUGUCCAGGAGGUUGGAGGAUCAUCGGACUGUAAAAAGUGGUACGGUUUUACACUACCUGUUUACUGUUUUACAUCACCUGUUUACUGUUUUACACCACCUAUGUACUAUUUUAAACUACUGGUGUAUUGGUUUACACUACUAGUGUAUUGUUUUAUAUUACAGGUGUACUAUUUUACACUACCUGUGUACUAUUUUACACAGAGUGCUAAUGGAGUAGCUGGGAAUGGUACAAAUAUUUUGAAUGCUGUUCUCCUUGUAUAGAGAUGAAUACUAACACACAUACAUACAUGUAUUACAAGAAAUUGUCCUUAUAAUGCCUUUUAUAUAUUCCAAACCUUCUCGAAUGAAGUGUCAUUUCCUUUGGUGUGUGGCUGGGUACUUCAUUGGCAAAUCAGACAAGAUUGGAGAAAUAACCUUUACUGAUGCUUGAUAUUAUAUGCAUUCAAGUAUGUAUACAGCCAUGCCUUGUGAUCAUGGACGGCACAUCCAGGCUGAGGCUUGCUGUCCUAUUGGUGCAUUAACGUGAAUGUUUCAUUUGUACAAAAUCAUUCAUUUAAAUAUACGAUAUAUGCCAUUCACAACAAAAGUGUCUUUUUCAGAGAAGACAUGUCCACUCACGUAUAGGCAGUGAAAGAGUUUGUAUUAAAUAUGAUGAAUUUAUGUGAAAGAUAAUCAUAUAUUCUGUGGUGUUUCUAACUUAACAUUUUACAAGUGUUAGUGAUGUAAGUUCUCAUGCCAUCUCAUGCCAUCUGAAGAGACUGAUGAAGAUAACAAGCUCCACAAAGUACAUGAUAACACACGUCAAUGCACUUAUGUGGCAUUUAAAUAAUCAAACAAGUUUUCAGGUGAGGAAGUGAAUGUGAAUUUGGAUUAUCUUGAAUCGGGCGUGUAGCUAAAUGUCAUGUCUUUACAGUCUAGUCCAACGUAACUGAGCCAAAAAUGCUGUAGCCAAAUCGGGUUUAUAGCAUUGUACCUUACCUAUUGACACUGUAAUUAUCAUAUGCAUGAAAGGUCGGCAUUUCAUGAGUAAAAUGUACAUGUGUAUGUAUUACAUGUGUUUAUGAAUCAGCCAGAAUCUCCAACCUCAUUUCUAACCGGUAUUUUAAUUGUACAUAACACUGAUUAUAGUCUUAUCCUCUCAUGGCGUGAUUGUUUUAUCCAGCACUCUGUGAUCAUGGUGAUAACCCAGAAAUCAUAUGCUCCCAAUAUAUUUGCAAUGAAGAACAUUUCAAUUUUACAUAGUUCUAUAUUUUUGUGUUAGAUUAUGAAUACAUGUGUGUAAUAAUAAAAAUCUGUGUAUGCAAAGUUGUUGUUACAACAAAUUACAUGUACUCAUAUCAUAAAUCAACAGGACAUGACCUUGGACAGAUGCCAAGGUCAGAACUUGUCCUGUUUAUGUUGUAUGGUCAUCUUGAUGUUCUGCUGACCAUGCUGACAGUGUUACCCAGUUAUGAUAAUUAAUGACUGACCAUGUACAUGCAAGACUGAUACAUUCACGUUAUUACCUGAUUGCUUUUUGAUUGUUUGCCUAUUUUUUGUUUAGCUCAUGUACUCUACAUGUACAUCGUACAUCAUUGGUGUACGUGUAUAACAGUGAUAACAGUUUCACUGUCACCAUGGUCUGCAACUUGCGAGUGGUUGUGCAUUUCCCCUGGGCUCUGCCCGGUUUCCUCCCACGGUAAUGCAGUGUCAGUUAAAGUGCUGUUAUACUCCUGUAUGUGUACGUCAAAUUUAGAGAAUGUCAGAUAAAUAUCUGAAAAAAAGCUGGACUUUUUGUUCCAAAGAACUUCAAGUGUGUUUAUAAAUAAUUUUGUUUACCUUUGCAUUUAAUUGUCUAAGAGUUUAUGGCUUUUGAGUUUUGUUGUUCGUCAAUGUCCUACUCUCAUCAUGGGGUAUAGGCCUGCUUGCUAGGUAUAUGCCUGGAAUGAAAGAACAGGAACAUUAUAUUUCCAGUUAUCUGAAGUGUGUGUGGGAGGGUGGAGAAGACUGUUCCAGAUCUUUCCUACAUCAGGAUGUAUUUUAUUGAAUUGAAACUUGUUGUGUAUUUCUUUAUGACGAAGCAUUACCGAUCAAGGUUGAGUUUCAGGCUGUGUCGUUUAAUUUUGACAAAAUUAUUGGCAUUUUCAUUUUUCAGUGAACUUUGACAUAUCUAAUAUUCUGUUGGCUCAAACUGUUAGGGAACACACACUGCAAAAGCAUUACAUGUACAGUUGUAGAAACAUUGUCAACAAUCAAGGAUCUUGAAGCCUGCUUCAUUUUAAUAGAUUUAGCCAACUGACUACUUUCAUUGCAUUUUGGGAGGAUGUGAACCUUGGUUUGGUUAUUCCAUUAGAGCAGACAGGAAUUAAGUUUGGUAUCGUUCUGUGUUGCCAGUAUAUUAACCCAUCUAACAGAUGUGCUGGCUUCAUGUAGCUGUCAGAUACGUUUCACUGCUGCCUAUAAACCCAUCAAUCCUCACAGAUGAAUGAAAUGAGCGGAAUUCCUCUAAAAUCUCAACAACACAAACUACAUGUGCAUAUAUAGUUGUACAAAAUACUUAUGAAUGUGAUCUGAGCCUCUUCUGAGUGCAAAUGAAUGAAUGGGUGAUAUUGGUUCCGAUUAAACACUACAUGUACAUGGGUAGUAUUUCAGCUAUAUCGUGGUGAUCUUACGUGCAAGUCACAUCGUCUGCGAAAACCUGCACAUGCGUCGCUCCUUACAUUCGCUUUACAUCGCUGCCACCACCAGUAAUUUUUGUACAGAAAUCUUGAACAACGCCAAAGU